UCGUCGUGCUAAGUGGCAACCGUACGUUUGUUGCUUCUAGCUGCCAUAUGAGAGUCCGUAGAUUUUUGUUAUAUUUGCUCGUUGGUCCCUACAGAUGCGAGUCAAACACCCUAAACCACACUCAUGGCCAUGGCCAUGCCUCUUCCAAUCUUUUCUUAUCCUUCUUUUCAGUUUCUUCUCCAAUGUCUUGUAUAAUGAUAUGAUCAUCUUUCUUCCUCCUCUGUUAGUGCCAACACUGUUUUCUUCCUCAUCAUUUGUUUUGUAUUAUGGCAAACAUUCAAAUCUUUCAAACUAUUUUAUCAAAAGCAACAGUUUCAAUCAUUCAUGACACCAGUUUCACCUGCCAACUCAUGACAACUCCAAACUUGCGUCCUCAGCUCUAUCAUGGGCUACUGCUCAAAUUAUUGCUCUUUCUAUUUACAUCGCCGUUUACGGUUGCCCAACGGGGAACUUUAGCUUCAUCCUCACCGCAGCAGUCGAUUGACCCGUUUUCUCAAACACCACAAUUCAACCCCUCACUUGCAAUCCUCAUGAUAAUUAUAGUCGGCGCCUUCUUUCUCAUGGCUAGAUUUUCUGUCUACAUUCGCCAAUGCUCCGAGCGAAGAUUUCUUGGAGGUAACUUCAACCCUGCAUCCCAAAUAUUUGGUAGAGGCCGGUGGUCCCGGAGGGAGCAGCAGGGGCUUGAUACGGCAGUGAUCGAGACGUUUCCUACCUUCCUUUACUCUACAGUCAAAGUCCACAAAAUCGGCGAGCGCUCGCUGGAGUGUGCUAUCUGUUUAAAUGAGUUUGAAGAUGAUCAAACGUUGCGUUUAAUCCCCAAGUGCAGCCAUGUCUUCCACCCUGAUUGUAUCGACGCGUGGCUCGCCUCGCACAUCACUUGCCCCGUUUGUCGCGCCAAUUUGGUCCCAAGGCUGGAAGAAUCGGCCUUUGAUUCAGCUCAACUAUUUGAGACAGGGACCGAUUCAGUUGAACCUGAUCAGCACGUGGGUAAUGUCCGCGAAGAGACGCAAAAUAACGUUUUAAUUCACGCUUCAGAUGGUAAUGAUCGAAACAGAAGAGAGUCUCCAGAUGUGAUAUUAUUAAACACAACUGCUCAGAACCGGCCACGUCGAUCAUGGUCAACAGGAUGGCGGCUUGGUAAGCUGUUUCCAAGGUCACGCUCGACCGGAAACUUCUUGGUUCAACCGGUAGAAAAUUUCGAACGAUUUACUCUAAGGUUACCAGAGGAUGUACGGAGCCAAUUAAUGAACUCUCACUUGAACAGAACAAAAAGUUGCGUGGCAUUUCCUAGAGCGACGAGUGCAAGAAGAAGUUAUAGGAGCAGGAGUGGAGGAAGUUGGCGCAGUAAAAACUACUUCUAUUACGAGCGGUAUGAAAGGGAAGAGCGGCCAGACCGAUGGGGUUUCACAGUAACUCCUUUUAUUUCAAGAAGUGGUUCGAUUCCACGGUCAAAACAGGGGGGGAGCGGAAGUGGUGAUCAGGUGAAUGCCCCUCUACCAAAGAAUCCGUUGAAGUCGGUUCAAUCCCCGUUGGAUCGCUUACUUCAGAAUAGCAGUAAUAAUAAAGCUGGUGAAGGAUUGUCAGAUCGUCUGAGGGAGGAUGUCUCAGACAAUCAAGCUUAAAGGCUGGCUUCUUAUUGGGUGGGGUUUUAAAAAAAAUUUUAUAUAAUUUUUAUUUGCAAAAGAAAUUCAAAUAAUAUAUUGAAAUGGACCUGCAUAUUUAAAUAUAAUUAUUUAUUAUUUUAUUUAAAAGUUCAUGCAAUUCUCCCAUAAAAUAUCAAUAAUCCGAUUUUUCCGAUUUCGAGCAGUUCUCCGAUUUUUUCCUUUAACGCGCAAUACCACUUAAAAGUUCAAUUAAGCAAAAAAUACGGAAUCAACACCCAUCUCGGCCCAAAAAAUAAAGAAAACCGCCUAAUCAUACAACCCAUACUAAUAGAAGAGUCCUAAGCCCGUCACCCGUUCAUAAACAUAGCAGAAGAUUGCCACCAACCCGUGGAGCGGAGAGGACACUUCAUCGGGACAAGCAGACAGCACCAUCAAAAGUUUUGGUCAGACCAUCUCCAAUAGGAGAGACCCAUUUGAGUCUCUAUUGUGGUCUCAAUAAUGCC